AUGACCGCUGUAGAAACCGCUAUUGAAAGAUUAUCCCUAACAAAUUCCCAUUUGAACCAAACUUCGUUGCCAGCAACAAACUUGAAGAAAAACCCCUCCGUGCUCUCCAUCACCGCCCUACAAGACCCUUACAAAGUAUGUGUCAUUGGGUCUGGUAAUUGGGGGACCACCAUUGCCAAAGUCGUUGCUGAAAACACAAACAAUUAUCCACAAUUGUUCCAAUCCAAAGUAGACAUGUGGGUCUUUCAAGAACAAAUCGACGGUAGAAACCUAACAGAUAUCAUAAACACACAACACGAAAAUGUCAAAUACUUGCCCAACAUCAAACUCCCUGAAAAUCUGGUUGCAAAUCCUUCCCUGUUAGACGCCGUCAACGACGCCGAUAUACUGGUGUUCAACAUCCCACACCAAUUCUUACCAAGAAUCGUACAACAGUUGAAAGGUAACAUCAAAAAGACUGCUAGAGCCAUCUCUUGUUUGAAAGGGUUCGAAGUCGGCAAAAACGGGGUCCAACUUUUAUCCGACUACAUCACAGAUCAAUUGGAUAUCCAAUGUGGUGCUCUUUCCGGUGCCAACUUGGCUCCAGAAGUCGCUUUGGAACAUUGGUCCGAAACAACAGUCGCUUACAACCUACCCUUCGAUUAUAGAGGCGAGGGAAAAGAUGUCGAUCACAAAGUCUUGAAAGCUCUUUUCCACAGACCUUAUUUCCACGUCUCCGUCAUUGACGACGUUGCCGGUGUUUCCAUUGCCGGUGCUUUGAAAAACGUUGUUGCCUUGGGUUGUGGGUUUGUCGAAGGCUUGGGAUGGGGUAACAACGCCUCGGCGGCUAUUCAAAGAGUCGGACUUGGUGAAAUCAUCAAGUUUGGCCAAAUGUUUUUCCCAGAAUCAAAAGUCGAAACCUACUAUAAGGAAUCGGCCGGUGUUGCCGAUUUGAUCACCACCUGUUCUGGUGGUAGAAACGUCCGUGUUGCCAAGAUGAUGGCUGAAACUGGCGAAUCUGCUGAAUAUUGUGAAAAAAAUUUAUUAAAUGGUCAAUCUGCUCAAGGUAUAAUCACUUGUAAAGAAGUGUACGAAUGGUUAUCCACAUGUGAUAAAUUAGACGAAUAUCCUCUUUUCACUGCAGUUUAUAGAAUAGUUUAUGAAGGUUUGCCAAUGAAGAAUUUACCCGACAUGAUAGAAGAAUUGGAAUAUUUUAAUUUUGUCUAA